AUGUGUUUAACCUCCACAGAUACCACAAAGGGAACUGUUACCAAGGAUGCUGAGGAGGCUGCUGAAGAAUCCAAGGAUGAGGAAACCGCUCCAGAAGCUGUAGAAGAUGAAUCUGAGGAGGAGAAAUCAGCUCCAGAGGAAGAAGAAGAAACUGAAAGUGAUGCUGACAAAUCAGGAAAAAGUCACGUGGCUAAGAGAGCGACAUCUUGCCCCGGUGGCUGGACAAGAUAUGGAUCUCGCUGUUUCUACUAUGUUGGAGCCAGUUACACCUGGGCUCAAGCUGAGCACUACUGUGUGGCCCGGGGUGGAAACCUUGCAUCUGUACGGAGCUCCUCUGAAUACAACUGGCUUAGAAGCUACAUUCAGAGCAAGGAUUGUUCAUCUAAAAUGACUUGGAUCGGCGGUUCCGACGGAGAGCAGGAGCGUAACUGGUUCUGGAGUGAUGGCUCUCGCUUCCUCUUCAGAAACUGGUGCUCAUCAAGGCCUUCAAGCAGCCGUAGUCUUAACUGCCUCGCGAUGAACUAUUCAUCUCGCAAAUGUGGGAUAGACUACCCAUGCUCAUACCGAUACCCGUUUGUCUGUGUACGGGGUUAAGACCAGAGCUGAAGGAACAUCCCAAACAAGACGUCUAAUCAAUUCUACUCUUUUUUUUCUUCUCUGCCGCUGCUGUAACGCUGAGAAAUGAGUGAAGCGACAAGAUUCAGGAGGUGGAUUGUCUCUUUGCUCACAUGGCAAAGAGCAAACAGGAUGUAGUCUGAAAAGAAUGCUUUUAGCUCAACUAAACCUUACCCUGUUUUCUAUUUCAAAAUUAAAUUUCUAAAGCAUCGAAACAAGUUUGUCUUUGUGUGUUUUCUAUAUCUUGAGUGGCUUCAGGGCACAACAACAUUUUUAAGACAAUAAAAGGACAAAAAAAAGCAGCAGUGGGUAAUGGGGGGAAAGCUUUCAC